AUGGCUGCACGGCACAGGAUAUAUAUGCACCGGAGAAGAGGCUAGCGUGCGGCUAAUUUGCGCGUCACGAGGAUCAACACUCAGAACAAGGUGAACACUCGGUGUUGGUGGCGGUCACGCAUACCAAGGAUGGAUGUGCCCACUUUAUAUCUUCUUGCCUUCACGUCCUUAUAUUACGAUCAAGCAGUAUUGGCCCCGUCUUCCAGCUCUUCUUGCUGAGGUGAACACACACACUCUCUCAAGGAUAGAUACACCUUGCGAUGAGAAUGGCGAGAGCCCUGCUCGUCGUUGUCCUCGCCGCGUGCUUUGUGGCGCUCGGCCUGCCCGGCGGCGCGGCGGCGGAGAGGAAGAUCGUCGGCAUCUACGAGCUCAAGAAGGGAGAUUUCUCGAUCAAGGUUACCAACUGGGGUGCCACUCUCAUGUCCGUAAUCCUCCCCGACUCGAGAGGAAACUUGGGGGAUGUGAUCCUGGGCUACGACACGGUUGCUGAAUAUGUGAAUGGCACCGCCUACUUCGGAGGGCUGAUCGGCCGUGUCGCCAACAGGAUCGCCAACGCCCGGUUCACGCUGGACGGGAAAUCCUACCGCUUGUUUCCCAACGAUGGCAACAACACGCUACACGGUGGUCACCGGGGAUUCGACAAGGUCGUGUGGACGGUGAAGGAGCACGUCGCCGGUGGCCGCUCCCCGUUCAUCACCCUGUAUUACCAUAGCUUCGACGGAGAGCAAGGGUUUCCAGGCGACGUGGACGUGCACGUGACGUACCAGAUCACGGGCCGGCACGCGCUGAGCGUGCGCAUGAACGCGACGGCCCGGAGCAAGGCCACGCCGGUGAACCUCGCGCACCACGCCUACUGGAACCUCGGCGGCGACGGCAGCGGCAGCGUCCUCGGCCAGAAGAUCCGCCUCUUCGCCUCUCGGUACACGCCCGUGGACGCCGCGCUCAUCCCGACGGGCCGCCUGGCGCCCGUGGCCGGCACGCCGUACGACUUCCGCAGGCCGGCGGCCGUGGGCGCGCGCAUCGGCGGCCUCCUGAGCCGUGGCGUCGCCGGGUACGACAUCAACUACGUCGUCGACGGCGGCAGGGGCCUGCGGCGGGUGGCGGCCGUCCGGGACGGCGCGUCCGGCAGGGCGAUGGAGCUGUGGGCGGACCAGCCCGGGGUGCAGUUCUACACGGCCAACGGGCUGAGCGGGGUGAGGGGGAAAGGCGGCAAGGUAUACGGCCGCUACGGCGCGCUGUGCCUGGAGACGCAGGGGUUCCCGAACGCCGUCAAUGAACCGAGCUUCCCGUCGCAGAUCGUCCGGCCGGGGAAGGUGUACAGGCAUCACAUGCUCUUCAGGUUCUCCUUCUAGUAGUCCAAGCUCGGUCGUUUGUCAGGCAACACAACCGUCGUCUCUUGUGUUUCUGUACUGUCAGGAUUUGAUCGGUUCAGCUUCACCCUUCCAAGGGAAGAAUAAAAAGCAUGCUGCAUGUUCAAGCUGAUA